GUAUGAUACGAUAAUACGUAGGGGGGGAGGGGAGGUGGCGUGGGAUAUGCUCUCAGCCUCUCUCAGGAUGGUCGUUGAAGAAUUGCUGACAUGAGAGACACAUCGAGAUGGCUCUAGGGGUCGAACAGAAGAUAAUUCCGAGGGCAGGGUAAAAGUGUACAUGUAUGAACCAGAGAAGAAGGCCGUGGGGCAACCCGUCGAGUCGGCGUGUCGGGCAAUAGGAGGUUGAACCGGCCAAAUGAGUGUCUUAUCCGGUCCUUUCUGAUGAUGAUUGAUGCUCGCUGAAGAAGAUGGGCCGCCCCGAAGCGCUGUCAAUCGUGCGAGUCAAGGCUUGUAGUGUGUAAUGAGGCAUUUGGGCAGGCUUGUUGGUUAGUCUGUCAUGGUCUUCUUGGCUGUCGUUUUUCGUCUCCUUUUUUCUUUCUUUUUCUCCCUUCUUAUUCAUCCCCUUUCUUCUUUUUCCUUCCCCUUGCCCUUUGUCUUCAACUGCUCAGUUGUCAUCCGGCCUUCUCAGGGUGAGGGUAAAGACAUCCAUCGUCUUCAUCAACUUGUCGUCCUUCUCUCAGUCGUCGCAUCGACAACCGGCCCCUUCACCGCUCCCGCUUUCGCUUCCGCUUCCCCCGUCCGUCCUCCUCCUCUCCUCCAUCUCCCCUUCUCUGAAGCGAAGCUAGGGUAACGGGCGGGCCCGGAAGGCGCCUAUGUCUUAGCGGCUUUGCCCCCCCCCUUGCCUCACUGAACGCCAUGCUUUCCGAGAGCCAAUACUCGGUGAUCAUAUGUAACUCGUGAUCGUGAUCAUAGUCGUGAUGGGAUCUCGGAAUUAGCCUGUCGCGUCUCCUUCUCUCACUUCUCCCCCGCCCUCCGUUCUUCCACUCAGCAAGGGACGUGUAAUCAUCUGCUAACGAGAAACAGGGGAAAGGCCCUGUCAGCGUCCAGUCCGCCGUCCCAGUGGACAGCCGGCAAGACGAGCUGGGAUAACCCCGGCUCACACCGAGUACAACGUACAACGUACUUCACGACCAGGUGCAGGGGCGGUAUUUUGAACCGCAUCGUCGCCUCUCGUCGCUCCAGUCCUC